GUGGGGGGGAGUGGUUGGAGGGGGAUCGGGACGGGCACUCGGGGCUGAGGAUCGGCGCAGAGCGCAGAAACACAACAACACGUACAGAGGAAGUUUUACUGAAUUGGAAUUUCCCCAGGUGUUGAAAUGGAACUGACAGACAGAAAUAGAGAAGGUGACACUGAGGAAAACAGGGAAGCACAUCAAGCACAUUCUUGGUGUUACAGGUUUCAGAAAACAGUAUCUAAUUGGAUGCUUCCUGAAGAAACUAGAGGCAGAUAUCUGGAAAGAGCAAAUUGUCUUCCUCCACCUAUCUUCAUUGUGCUCAUAAGUAUAACUGAGCUGGCUGUCUUUAUUUACUAUGCUGUUUGGAUGCCCCAGACACAAUGGAUAACCUUGGGUACAGGGACCUGGGAAAGUCCAUUCAUUUAUAGACCAGACAAGAGGAUGGAGGUCUGGAGGUUCAUUUCUUACAUGCUGGUGCAUGCUGGAGUUGAGCACAUAAUGGGAAAUCUUGUUUUGCAGCUUGUUCUGGGAAUUCCUUUAGAGCUGGUUCAUAAAGGCCAUCGAGUUGGUCUGGUCUACCUUGCAGGUGUGCUUGGAGGUUCUUUAGCAAGCUCAAUAUUUGAUCCUAUGAAAGGACUGGUUGGAGCUUCAGGUGGAGGCUAUGCACUUAUGGGAGGCUACUUUAUGAAUGCAGUAGUGAAUUUUAAACAAAUGGUACCAUUGUUUGGUAUUUUUAGAUUAGCCUCGAUUUUCCUUCUAGUGGCCACUGAUGUGGGAUUUGCCCUCUACCGGCGAUUUGUUACAGGAACAAAUGUUACCCCUGUUUCCUUUGUGGCUCACAUUGCAGGUGGCCUGGCUGGAAUGACUAUUGGCUACGUGAUUUUCAGCAACUAUGAUAAGAACAUCAUAAAGGAUCCAAGAUUUUGGGCCUGUAUUUUAGCUUAUGUUGCCUGCGUUGCCUUUGCUGUCAUAUUUAACAUCUUCCUGUCUCCUGCUCCCUAAUUUAAGGAAAGAUGUAUGUUUUCAUAAUAGUUUUUAAAUAUAACGAUUUAAUUCUGAUUAAUUAUUGACUAAAUGAUGAAUGUGAAGUGCAUCACAAGAAAGACAAAAUGGAAACAAUGACCUUUCACAACCUGCAGUUUAUAGAUUGUUUGCGAAAUCAUGGAAUAAUAAAACAAGGAUGAUUUGAUGGAUUUGGUUGGGGAUUUUCAAUGCAGAAUUGGUUAAGAAAGUCUGAAAAUAAACUUUAAUACAACUACCA